AUGUCAUUGCAGGACUUCCACGCCUUGUUCAGCAAAGAAAUCGAUCGCUAUCUGGCGAAGCUCGCCACGCGAGGAAAGACUUCACCAGGCCAGCGUGAAGAUCAACCAUAUGUUCAUGAAUUGAAGCGUCUGGCCCGACAGAUGGCUGAAAGUGUUCUGCAGCGUCUCGCUGCCAACGCCACAAAGUGGGGCUUGGAUCAGCAGGCACUGGAUGGAAAACUUGGAACAGAAGGUAAUGCGCAGAGCAAAGCAUCAAGCAAAUCUGCCAGAUUGGACAAGCUGAGGUCAAGGUGCCAAGACUUGGAAGCCGAAGUGCGCAGACAUCAACAGGAGGAGGAGAAGCGAAAAUCCGAAGUCCUCGGAAGAUUCAAGGCGCAGUACGAUGCGAUUCUGCAGUCCCAGGAGCAGGAGUUGCUCCAGAUUCGCAGGGCUGUUGCCACGUCGGAGGACGGAGCUCCUCACAAUGGGACACUGCUGCGUCAAGAGCUCUCAGAGCAGCUCAAGCAUAUCCAGACCCAGCUUGCCAGCACGAAGGCGCAUGUGAUUGAGCUGGACAGCCUUAAACAGAAUUUGGACAAGAUCGAGGAUCAGCAGCGCAGGGCAAUUCCUCCAAUGGAGGCCUUGUUGGCCAGCACCAUGGACAAUUGGCCGGACGACACGGAGGAUGAGAUUCUGGCUGCAAACAUCCGCAAGGGAGAGCAGGUCUGCAAAAGACUCCGGCAGCAUCAGUCCUACUGA